GUGAUUCUCCUGCCUCAGCCUCCCGAGUAGCUGGGAUUACAGGCACCCGCCACCAUGCCUGGCUAAUUUUGUAUUUUUAGUAGAGACAGGGUUUCACCGUGUUAGCCAGGAUGGUCUCAAUCUCCUGACCUUGUGAUCCAUCUGCCUUGGCCUCCCAAAGUGCUGGGAUUACAGGCGUGAGCCACUGUGCCCGGCCUUCUUUUUUAGAAUGUGUAAAUUAGACACAAUUUUUCUCAUGUCAUGCACAUAAAAGCAGUAUUUUCCAGCAGUGGUCGCUCACUCUCCUCCUUGUUGGGCAGACAGUCAGUGUAUCCAGGGUGCAGUGAUUUUGGAGUAUCCAGGUGUGGAUGAACUAUUUACUUGUGGUUGGAGUGCUUCCCAGAUUCUCAUAGCCAGGGGCCCAGGCAUGGUGGCUCAAGCCUGUAAUUCCAACACUUUGGGAGGCUAAGGCAGGAGGAUCACUUGAGUCUAGGAAUUUGAGACUAGUCUCAGCAACAUAGGGAGACCCUGUGUCUACAGAUAAUGUUAAAAAUUAGUUGGGGUAGUGGUGCACACCUGUAGUCUCAGCUAUUCGGGAAGCUGAGGUGGAAGGAUUGCUUGAGCUUGGCAGGGUGAGAUUGGAGUGAGCCAUGAUUGUGCCAUUGCACGCCAGCCUAGGCAACAGAGCAAGACCCUGUCUCAGGAAAAAAAAAAAAAAAAAAAAAAAUUAGCCAGGCAUGCUGACAUGUGCUUGUAGUCCCAGUUACUAGGUGGGAGGAUAACUUGAACCCAGGAGUUUGAGGCUGUGGUGAGCUAUGAUCAUGCCUCUGUACUCCAGCCUGGGUGACAGAGUGAGACCCUGUCUCAAAAUAAAUAAUAGUGUAAGUUAAAUAAUAAUAAGAAAGAGAUUUUCUCCUGGCUCUGAAACCAUUUCUGGACCUGCAAGGCAAUCGUGGAAUGAAAUGGGACCAUCCAUCAACAGGGCAGGUAGUAGAUUAGCCAGAUUUACUAGUAUGAUGUUAGACAUAGACCAAUAGAACAGAACAGAGAGACCAGAAAUAAUCUUCAUUUAUGGUCUGUUGAUUUUCUACAAAUGCCCCAAGAUAAUGGGGAAAGUGUUUUCAACAUGGUGCUGGGACAACUGGAUAUUAACCUGCAGGAAGAGGAACUGAGACCUUUAUCUCAUAUCACAUGUGAAAACACUAAAAUGAUGAAAAGCAAAAAUACAAAGUUAGCAUCAGAUGUAGGAGAGUAUCUUUGUGACUGGGGUGGGGAAGGAGCUGUGUGUGUGUGUAAGAACACCAAAGGCGCAUGUAAUCCCAGCACUUUGGGAGGCCGAGGCAGGCGGAUCACCUGAGGUUAGGAGUUUGAGACUAGCCUGGCCAACAUGGUGAAACCCUGUCUGUUAAAAAUACAAAAAUUAGCCAGGUGUGGUCACGCUCGCCUGUAAUCCCAGCUUCUUGGGAGGCUGAGACAGGAGAAUCGCUUGAACCUGGGAGGCAGAGUUUGCAGUGAACCGAGAUCACACCACUGUACUCCAGCCUGGGUGACAGAGCAAGACUCUGUCUCAAAAAUUAAAAAAAAAAAAAAAAGACAAUCUGUCAAGGUGAGACUUAGAGACUAAGUCUCAUUUGGGUUGUCUCCUAGAAGAAGGGUUUAUAAAGUUGACAGUUUAGGGCAGAACCUUAAACUGACUCCAGGUGAGAGUUUCUUGCUUUUGAAAAUAAAGAUCUUGAAGGGAAGAUUGUUCCCACAUGAGGUGGGAACAGGAGGACAUGUUGAGCUCCCAGAGUUAAAUCCUUAGGUUUCUCUGCCUCAUCACCAGGGACUGAUAGACUCUUGGGCCCCUUUCAACAGAAUCUGACUCCCAAGCUUGGGAAUAUGUUUGUCACUUGGCGUUUUCCUUGUAAAUGGUAGCGCAGUAGACUGCUUAAAUGAACCAAUUCAGAUGUUUCCUUUUCUUCCGUUUUUAUUCCUUUAUAGAAUAUUGCUGUCAUAUAACUCCCCUUUUCCCCAUAUAUUAAAUAACUGUAUUCCCUUGUUGGUGUGUUUUAAUUUUUUGGCUGAAAAUGAGUAGGCAGGCCGGGCACGGUGGCUUACUCCUGUAAUCCCAGCACUUUGCAAGGCCAAGGCAGGUGGAUCAUUUGAGGUCAGGAGUUCGAGACCAGCCUGACCAACAAGGUGAAACUCCGUCUCUACUAAAAUACAAAAAUUAGCCUGGUGUGGUGGUGGGUGCCUGUAAUCUCAGCUACUCGGGAGGCUGAGGCAGGAGAAUUGCUUGAACCCGGGAGGCAGAGGUUGCAGUGACCUGAGAUCAUGCCACGCCACUGCACUCCAGCCUGGGCAACAGAGCAAGACUCUGUCUCAAAAAAAAAAAAAAGAAAAAAAAGAAAAAAUGAGUAGACUGAGGGAUAAGGUGUGAGGAAGCCUUCGCCAUGCCACCAACAGCCUUUCUUUCCAAAUUCCUGACCCCUGGAGGACAUCAAGCCCUCUCCCAUGUUCCAGUGUGACCUGGUCUAGGCACCCCUCCUGCUCUGAGGCACGAGGAUCGUUCCUUUGGCCACUGAGAAUGCAAUUCCCUUUUGUCCAAGAGGAAGAAGAAACAAAGUCCCAUUAGUACAGGGAGACGCCAGUGCCAGCUCUGGAAAGCCAGGAGCAAGUUCUUCUUAAAUUCCAAUGUCCUCUGGCGAGGGCAUGUCCUGCUGGUUUCUUAUUUAAACAAUAGGUUUGAGGAUCUUGGACUCAUUUAACUUAUUGAUAGGGGAAAAUGGAUCAGGGAGGAUGCCCAAGCUGGCAAGGGCAAUGGUGAAGAAUCUGUCAUUCUGGCCCCUCUCAGGCGCUUGCCUUACCUCUCCUCUCUGCACUGUGUCCCCCCCCCCAGGGGGAGGGGCCUAGGGCACUAUCCAAUCAGGUGUUCUGAGGGCGGGGCCGUGCCAACAGUCCAAUCAGGCGUGCUGUAGGGCAGCAGGCGGGGCGACGCACCGAAGCCCGUGGGUUUGGGUUUUUUUUUUCUCUCGCCUUGGCGCCCUCGGGUCGCUCUCGGCUUCUCUGAAAGUGCUGAGGGUGUGUCAGCUCAGGGUGUGUCGCGAUUUGCCCUGCUGUGGCCAGGAGAGCCAUAAGGAGGAUGCUGGGACACCCUGGAGUCCAGGAAAGGGACUCAGUGACCUUUGAAGAUGUGGCUGUGAACUUCACCCAGGAGGAAUGGGCUUUGCUGGAUCCUUCACAGAAAAAACUCUACAGAGAUGUGAUGUGGGAAACCUUCAGGAACCUGGCCACUAUAGGAACAAAACAAAAAGAAUGGAACAUUGAAGAACAGUACAAAAACCAGGGGAGAAAUCUCAGAAAUCAUAUGGUAGAGAGACUCUGUGAAAGUAAAGAAGGUAGUCAUGGUGGAGAAGGUUUCAGCCAGAUUCCAAAUCUCAGUCUGAACAAGAAAACUCCUUCUGGAGGAAAGCUUUGGGAAAGCAGUGUAUGUGGAAAAGUCUUGAGCCAUCAUUCAUCCCUUAGCAGGCACAUUAGAUCUUACACCAGACACAAACUGUAUAAGUGUCAGGAAUAUGGAGAGAAGCCGUAUAAAUGUAAGAAAUGUGGGAAACCCUUCAGUUAUCUGCAGUCUUUUAAAAAACAUAAAAGAACACACAGUGCAGGGAUAGUCUACAAAUGUAAGGCCUGUGGGAAAGCCUUCAGUUGUCAACAUUCUUUCCAAAUACAUGGAAGGACUCACACUGGAGAUAAACCCUUUAAGUGUAAAGAAUGUGGAAAAGCAUUCCGAUACCACCAAUCUGCUCAAAAACAUGAAAAGGCUCAUACUGGAGAGAAACCCUACAAAUGUAAGGAAUGUGGGAAACCCUUCAUUUAUCGCCAUUCUGCUCGAGCACAUGAAAGGAAUCACACUGUACAGAAACGCUAUGAAUGUAAACAAUGUGGAAAAACCUACAUAUCUUCUGUAGGUUUUCAAGCACAUGAAAGAACUCACACUGGAGAAAAACCCUAUGAAUGUAAAAAAUGUGGAAAAGUGUUUGUAUAUCACAACUCUGCUCAAAGACAUGAAAAGACUCAUACUGGAGAGAAACCCUACAAAUGCAAGGAAUGUGGGAAAGCCUUCAGUUACCACUGUACUGCUCAAAAACAUGAGAGGAAUCACACUGCACAGAAACACUAUGAAUGUAAACUGUGUGGGAAAACUUAUUUGUCUCCUUUAGGUUUUCAAGCACAUGAAAGUACUCACACUGGAGAUAAACCCUUUGAGUGUAAAAAGUGUGGAAAAGCAUUUAGAUACUACUACUCAGCUCAAAGACACGAAAGGACUCAUACUGGAGAGAAACCCUACAAAUGUAAGGAAUGUGGGAAAGCCUUUUAUUGUUGCAGUUCUGCCCGAAGACAUGAAAGGAUGCACACUGCAAAGAAACAGUAUGAAUGUAAAAAAUGUGGGAAAACAUACAUUACUCUUGCAGGUUUCCAGAUACAUGAAAGAACCCACACUGGAGAGAAACCUUAUGAAUGUAAACAGUGUGGUAAAGCCUUCAGUAGUUCCAGUUAUAUUCAUAUACAUGAACGAAUUCAUACUGGAGAGAAACCCUAUGAAUGUAAAGAAUGUGGAAAACCCUUCAGUUUCCUUACAGGCUUUCGAGUGCACAUGAGAAUGCACACUGGAGAGAAACCUUAUAAAUGUAAGGAUUGUGGCAACGCCUUCAUUUGGCGUGCAUCCUUACAAUACCAUGUGAAGAAAGUGCACGCUGAAUAGAAACUAUAAAUGUAAAUAUCGAAAGUUUUUCAAUUUUAACAAUUUUCAAAGUUGAUAUGAAAGUUCAUACUGGAGAGUAGUUGCAUGAAUGUAAGUAAUACAGGAAAGCCUGAUAUAACUUAAUUCAGGUAGAAUGCUCUAGAAAAUUCAUGCCAUGAAAAAAUAUUAUAAAUUUAUCAGUGCCACAUCCCUUUUUGAUUCUUCCUAGUUUUUAAUAUAUUAUUUUAAAAUAUUUUUAUAUAUGUAUAUAUAUAUAUAUAUAUAUAUACACACACAUAUAUAUUUGUAGAGACAGGCAACAUUAUCUUGGCUGAUCGCCAACUCCCCUGACCUCAAGUAAUCCUCCCACCUCAGCCCCGCAAAGUGCUGGGAUUAUAGGCAUGAGCCACCACACUGGGCCAGUUUUUUUGUUUUGUUUUUUUUUUGAGAUGGGUCUUGCCAUGUUGCCCAGGCUGGCCGUGGACUUCUAGGCUCAUGAGAUCCUCCCACCUCAGCUUCCUGAGCAGCUGGGACUACAGGUGUGUGCUGCCUUGCCUGGCUUAGUGCCACAUUCUUAAAGUGGAUCUCUGCACUCUGGGUUCCUACUUAUUUUCAUAAAUGAACAUUGAGGUGAGAUUAUUCUGUAAAUACUCUUUAAGAAAUAGUGCAGAAGUAUAAUUGGUAGUGUUUUUUCCUUAAGUCAGUUAAUAAAAUUUUUAAAUAAAAUUCCUUAAGUCAGUUAAUAAAAUUUUUUCUCUUAAUAGUUCUGGGCCAUUGAAAAAUGACAGUUUGGUACUGGGAGUUUUCUACUGGCAUCCUGUGGCAGGUAUUGGCUUUCCCUUAUCCAUUAUGUAUAUAUUCCACCUUCCUCAGGAGAAAACCUUUCUUCUUUUUGGUUAGAAGAGCCUUAUUUUAUUUCCCUUGCUAAUGAAUAGUGGGCCAAGGUUAUACAAUAUAGUCUUAUAUAAAUUAUUUCCAUAUUUUGCUCUUUUUCUUUCUGGCCAAGAUAUGGAUGAUAGACUUUGAAUUAAGAAGUAAGAUCUGUGAUAGGACAACACAAUCUAGGUUGGAGGUGUGCCUCUUAGAUUGUGCUAUGUCAUUAUGGGUAACGUGAACUAAAUUUUCUAGAAUCUAUUCCCUUUUGGAUUCCAUGUUGGAAUUCAGCAGUAGCCUGACAUGAAAGUUGGAAGGCAGAACUGAAGAAGGCAUUAGUCAGGUUUUGGACCCAUCUACGUGGAGACAGACAGAUGCAUAGGGACAAAUGAGGGCUUGCAGGAAAAUCCAAACUGCAAAUUAUAUCUUUGAUGUGAAGAUUGUGGAGACAUCUGUGGAACUCUACCCGUCUGAGAACAUAGAAGUAGACAGUGGUGUUUUAAAGAAACUCUUGAUUGUCAGGACAAAGUAUCAGGAAAACAGGCAGGAGGCCGGUGUCCGUGCAGUCCCCUUGCAGCCUCCUUAAGUUCUGCCUCCCAGCUUUCAUGUCAUUAGGCUAUUGGUGAAUUCUAACAUGGGAAAAAAAAAAGAUUCUAGAAAAUUUAGUUAACAACAUUACCCAUAUCAACAUAAUCCACCAGGCAACUAAUUAAAACUGUCAUGGCUGAGGAUAUUUUCUGUUGUUCUGACUCCCCUCAUCUCUAGAUUAUAUUCAAACAAGAUCUAAUUUGCAUAGUAAACACUUCAUUCUGUUAAUACUGGUAAUAACUGUGUUCCUGAUUUCCCUGUGACAGCUACAGUGAUAAAGUCACAUAGAACAUGGGGGCUUGUUCCUCUGUUGCAUUGUGCAGUAACUGCUCUGACACAGUCUAUGUGAAAACAAAUGUCUUAGGUCAGGCAGAUCGUGAGAAUUUCCAAUUAUAGCCAAAUGUGAUCAUGUGCACAUUCUCAAUUAUGUUUGUACAUGAUAAAAACAAUGCAUUUUUAUCAAACAACUUCUGCAGGUAUUUCUUAGAAAUAUUUUAUUAACUCUUUUAAAACAACUUGUAUACUAACAACUAUUGUAUUAAUAUUUUUAAUUACCUGAGAAUAUAUAUUAAAAUAUCCCAUUGCAAUUAUGCAUUUUCAGGUCAACUUUGUAAUUUUGUCAGGUUAUUCAUUAUACAUUCUAAAUAAUGAGUCAGUAUUACCAUUUGCAUAUAAGUCCAAGUACUUUUUUUCUUUAAAAAAUGUUAAAAUGUAAAGGAAAAAAUUUUUUUAAAUUCUUACAUGGUCACAAUUUUUCUCAUGAAUCUAAUUUCUCACUUAGAAUACCACAGGAACAAAGCAUGCUUUUGUCUGUGCCAUCUUGCCAGAGACCACUAGAAUCACACCUAUAGUCAAAGAGUGGCGUGUAAAGAGUUGUAAUAAGGAUGAACACAAAGCAUCAAUGACGGAGGGUUAUCAAUAAGAGGGUGCUCAAGAGGACUUCUUACAGGAUUUGUGUUUCUUUUAGGUGAUUUCAUUGCCAUUCAACAAAGUGAGGUGUUUGUAUUGGAUGCUGUUAGGUGAACUCAAUUCCAUCCUUGGACAAUUCUAAUAGUUCUUAUCUAGGAGGCAGAAAGAAUAGAGUGGCACUAACCCUAAUUCAUAAGAAGCACAAGUCAUAUUAGGAGAUUUCUGGUCAUUUUUAAAGUUUGGAGUCUGUUUUCUUUUAGGUUAUCGGAGACAUGGUUACAGAAUUUCAUUUUGAUCCAUUAUGGUCACCUGGUAGCUUUGUCUGAUGGAGGUUUGUUACAGUUUUCAACAGGGUAAGACUUCGCCUUGUGGUGAGUUGGGGAGCAGCUGUCAUUGGGAACAGCUUUUGCUUUUCUCAUUGUUUAAACACUGAAGUAUUUCCUGUGGUAUAAUGGACACUGUUAUCUAUAAAGUACCUCAGUUAAAUUGUUGACCAAAAUUAAGUCUGUUGAGGCAGAAAUAAUUUGAUAAAGGCUAAUCAAAGCCAAAUGUGAGGAUUGGCCUGGGAGGCACCAACAAGUUGUAUAUGUUUCAAAGUCUAUUACAAGUUGGAACACUCAUAAGUUUAGGAGGCCAGGUGCCGUGGCUUAUGCCUAUAAUUCCACGUACUUGGGAGGAGUGCUUGAGGCUAGGAAUUUGGGACCAACCUGGGCGACAUAGGGAGACUUCAUGUCUAAAAUAAAUAAAUAAAUAAAUUAUUAGCUGGGCAUAAUGAUGCCCAAUUGUAGUCCCAGUACUCAGAAGUGUGAGUCAGGAAGAUCGUUUGAAUCCAGGAGUUCGACACCAACCUGGUUAACAUAAUGAGACCCCUCUCAUCUCAAAAAACUAACAAAUUAAGAAAAAUAGACUGGUUUCUGCAAGGGGUAAAAACAAUAAGAAAAAAUAAAUUUAAAAACCCUGAGUGGACAUUUUUUUCAAAGAAGACAUACAAAUGGCCUGAAAGCAUAUGAAAAGGGACUUAAUAUCACUAAUCAUUAGAGAAAUUCAAAUCAAAACCACAAUUACAUGUUACCUCAUACAUGCAAGGAUGGGUACUAUCAAGAGAGAUUAGUGUUAGAGUACAGAGAAGAAGGAAGCUUUGUAUACUGUUGGUGAGAAUGUACAUUGGUACAGCCAUUGUGAAAAACAAUAUGGAGGUUCUGCAAAAAAAACCAAAAACUACCAUGUGAUCCAACAGUCUCACUCCUGGAUAUAUGCAUAUAUGCCCAAAGGCAGUGAUCAGUAUUUCAAAGAGAUAUCUGCCACCCGCAUAUGUUCAUUACAGCAUUAUUCACAAUAGUCAACAUACGGAAACAAACUUAGCAUCCAUUAAUGGAUGAAUAAAGAAAGCGUGAUGUAUAUUUAAACAGAAUAUUACUCAGCCGUAAAAAGGAAAUCCUGACAUUUGUCACAUGAAUAAACCUGGUGGACACUAUAAAAUAAGGCAGACAUAGGCAAAUACUUCAUGAUCCCACUUAAUUGUGGAAUAUUAAAAACUCAAACUCCAAGGCAGAGGGAGGAACGGUGGUUACUAGAGUCCAGAAGGUAGGGAAAAUGGAGAAAUGUUGGUCAAAGGUUAAAAACCAAGUUGUAAGGUGAACACGUUCUGGAGAUGUAAUGUACAGCAUGGGUGGUCAUCAAUGUGUUAAUUUGACUGUGGUAACCAUUACAGAAUGUAUAUAUAUAUAUACAUCAAAACAUAACUACAUCAUGAACAUAUACAAUCUUUGUGAAGUAUUUUAAAAUAAAAAAGGAAUGUUUACUGAAUCUAUGCCUGUUGGAUCUUUGUAUUGCUGAGAAGUGUUGAAGUCUUCAGUUAACUGAAUUUUUGUGUGUCACCUUGCAGUUCUGUGUGUUCUUGCAUGACGUAUUUUGACAGUCUGUUAAGUGCAUGUAUUUAAAAUUAUGUCAUUUCUAUUGCUGGGUCUUAAUUUCUUCCUGAAAUAUCUGAUCUGGUUAUUCAAUCCAGUGCAUAUUUUAUACCAGGAAUUGUUGUUUUCCUUUCUAGUAGCUCAAAUUGUGUCUUUAGUUUUUAAUUUUUUUUUUUUCAGACAGGGUCUCUCCCUGUCACCCAGGCUGGAGUUCAGUAGUGUUCUCUUGGCUCACUGAAACUGCUGCCUCCCAAGCAAAUGAUCCUCCCACCUCAGCCUCCUGAAUAGCUGGGACUACAGGUGCACACUACCAUGCCCAGACUGAGAUAAGGUAUGAGGAAGCCUUGGCCAUGCCACCAGCCGCUUAUCCCAAAUUCCUGAUCCCUGGAAGACAUCUGGGCCCUCCCUCCUGUUCCAGCCCGGUAGCUUCCAGCAAAGGUACUGGCUCAAUUGGACACGGAGUGUGGAACUGCCUGCUCACACUUGUGAACCCCCGUCCAGGAGGAAGAAACAGAAAGGGCCCACUUUCCAGAGGCCGAGGUGGCUCCACCACAGCUUCUGUCCGGUGGUGACCAGCACUGAUCCCCGGAGCCAAGGGAGGACCCGGGACAACUGGGAGCCGGGAAAUGGUGAGUGUGCAAGGCCGGGUGGGAGGAGGGGCUGGUUGGGACCUGCUGUGGUGGGACCCGGGCCUGUCAGCAGCGAUUCCGGGGUCUGCGGACCCGAGUCUCCGUGGCGCAGCUCGUCCUUGGGUCCCCUCGGCCACAGGGUGGGGCUGGGCCAGCAGCCCCCGGGCAUCCUGAGCUGUCCCUGCGCAGCAACUGCAGCCCCAGUCCGGAGCCCUCUCGGCAGCGCAGUGACCGCGCCCCGCGUCUCCCCAGAUUGUGUGGGGGCCACGGGAGGAUCAUGGCGAGGAUCCAGACUCGUGUGGGGUUCUCCUGGGAGGAGCUGCGGUCUGUGGGGUUCCCAAUCCUGCCUUUCACCUGUAAAAAUUAAAAUGCAGCACCGUUAAAUAUUUAACUAUUUAGCCAAGAGCAAUUCAUGAAUAACCCAACCAUGGCUUGUUCUUUGGGGUCCCGUCAGGGGGGCUUGAAGGAAAGGCUUUUAUAAGGUGUAUGAGGAAGGAAGCCAAGUUAAAUCUUUGGUUAUAAGUCGCCUUAUUUGGUCUGUCAACCAAAGGUUAAAAAAACAGGCGUUUUAUUCUAAGUCAAGUUUAAGGACAAUAGCCUGGGAAUGCAGACCCAGCACAAACAAUGUGUCCUGGAGUGGGCUACGUGAAGUGUUGUUAUACCUUGUGUUACACAGAAAAUGGGAGAGGUGGGCAGUGACCUUAUAAGAUAAAGCAAGUAUGUGGUGAAAGUAUAUGAAAGGUUAACCAGUACACAGGCAUCGUAGGGUUUAGACAGGGAUGACUGAAUCUGUCCUACCUUCGACUUCAUCUGAUAGGCAAGGUUGUCAUCAGUACAGGUGAGUGAAAUAUUUAACUUGCAGGCUGAGAGUUCAGUUUUAUUUCAUGGGCCUGGUUUCUAUUACCUGUAUGUCCAACCUGCAGCCAUCUUAGGCCACUUUUUAACAAAUUUCUUUCAGUUCUUCCUAUUUCUGACAGGUCUAUCCAGGUGGAAAUGUUCUGGUUAUGUAGUCGGAGGCUAAAUUUCAUUUUCCUCUAAAUUGGUAAUUUACAAGCUACAUUUGUGUUCGAUUUUGGUGUCCUUGGGAAGAAACUCAGGGCACUAUAGCCAUUCCAGUCUGAUUGCCUCUUAUUUCUUUUAACACUCCCCAGGGGUACCGAUUUUCUCGUGUAUUUGUUUGCCCUUGCAUUUUCCAAAAGUGUGGGACGCAGGUCUCAAAUCCACAAUUCUGUUUGCCGAACUUAACCCUUCUAGGGUUUGUAUGAAUUCCUAAAUUUCCAAUUCCUUCCCCACAUUCCCAAGUGCCAACUUUGCUUCAUCGAUUCAAAAUAGUAUCAACUAUUUGUCCUUUAUUGUACAUUUCAAACAGAUGCAGUACUUCAUCAUUUUUUUCACAGAGCGAUAGCUCUUUUUAAAAUAUUUUUCUGUUUGUGAACAUUUCACAUGAGGAAAACAGAGUAAGUGCAUGAAACUCUGGUGCAAAAAAUCUUUGUGCCUCUCCUCCUUUUAUCUUCCCUAGGCACAGACACCUUACCAGAAUGUCUUUGGAUUGAGGUUCCCUUUUGGAAAUUUUACAGGGUGAUCUGUCCCUGUUCCUGGGUUUUAGAACUUCCUGGGGUUGACCCAGGAUGCUCACAGUUGCCAGGUAUCUUGGAGGAUCUAGUGAAUAUCAGCCUCUGGUUCACUCCCAGAGGACAACCUCUGCCUGCUGGGCUCAAGCAAUCUUUUCAGCCUCUCAAAGUGCUGGGAUUACAGGCAUGAGCCACCGCACCUGGCAAUUUCUGAAUUUUGAAUCAGCCUUGUACACCUGUAAUGAUUCCCACUUGACUGUGGUGUAUAAUUCUUUUUAUACAUUUUUAGAUUCAAUUUGUGAAUAUUUGUUGAGAACUUUUAGGAUCUAUGAUCAUGAGAGUUACUGGUCUGUAGUUUUCUACCUUUGUAAUGUAUCUAUCUAGUUUUGACAGUAGGAUUCUGUUGGCCUCCUAGCAUGUAUUAGGAAGUGUUUACUCUUGUAUUUUAUAGAAAGAUUGUAGUGAACUGGUGUCGGUUUUUUUGUUUUGUUUUGUUUUUUUUGAGACAAGACGGAGUCUCGCUCUUUCGCCCAGGUCGGACUGCAGUUGCGCUAUCUCGGCUCACUGCAAGCUCCGCCUCCCAGGUUCACGCCAUUCUCCUGCCUUAGCCUCCCGAGUAGCUGGGACUACAGGCGCCUGCCACCACGCCCGGCUAAUUUUUUGUAUUUUUAGUAGAGAUGGGGUUUCACCCUGUUAUCCAGGAUGUCUCCUGACCUUGUGAUCCGCCCGCCUCUGCCUCCCAAAGUGUUGGGAUUACAGGCAUGAGCCACCACGCCUGGCCCCAACCAAUCUUUUGUACCCUGUGUAAAUCAGACACUGCCUCCUCAAGCUCAUCUAUAAAACUGCAUUUCACUGUGGGAACAGCAACCCACUUCUCUGAGACCCUUCUCUCUGCAGCAGAGAGAGCUCAUGUCUUUCUUUCGCCUAUUAAACUUCUGCUCAGAACCUCUGUUUGUCCAUGUCCUAGUUUUCCAUGGCUCUGAGACAAUGACACCGCUUCAGUGUGAACUCUCAUGAAUUGAGUCUAGAUCCCCAGUGCUGUCCGUCUCACCUGUCCUCCUCUACACAUAUCUGGGAUAUGUCACGGCUUGGUGGUCUUUGAAGAUGUGACUCUGAAGUUCAUCCAGAAGGAGUAGGCUUUGCUGGAUUUUUCUGUGAAGAAUCUGUAGAGAUGUGAUGAGGGAAGCCAUCAGCACCUGGCUUCUAUAGCUGCAGUCCAAGAGGCCAACUGGAACAUUAACAUCAGACACUAAUCCAGCUUACUGAGAUUUUUUAAACUGACAGGAUCAUGGCCAUUUCACAGACAACUACCCAAAAAUAUCUACAGACGGCACUGCUCCUACCAACCCGAUACCAGAGAACUCCAUACCCUCGUCAGCAGGAAGUAGCCAGAAAGAACAUGCCGCCCCUCGUCCCUUUUAUAACUAUAAGGUCUGGAUUGACAGAGCAGAAGCAUCACCAUUGUGGAUAAGUGCCUCAUUUUAAAAUUCACCUUAAUCAAAAACUGCCUAAAUCCAAAGGGCAUCAGCCUAAUGGCUAAGGUCAGCAUGAUCACAAACCACAAAUAACAUCUCCAACCAAAAACAUUCCAGACACCUCCCACAGAGAAAUGCUAGCCUCAGGAUAACCCCUCUCCUGCCGGAAAGAUGUCACCCCCAAGAUAACCGCCCCUCCGCCCAGAACAUUCCAACCCCGCCAUAAACUUCUCCCCCACACAGAAACAUUCCAAGCUUGUAAUAAGCUCCCUCACCCUAAAACCAACGUACAUUCUUAGUCUGCAAGGAAAAGUGCUCCUGACUGACCGGCCAGAAUCCUCUCUCAGGUCUUUUCUAUAAUAAACCUGUCUUUGACUGUCAA